UGAAUAUACAUAGUGGUGUUACCAACUUGCUAGUGUUUUUACACAUAGGUGUUGCCAACUUGCCAAUGUUUAUACACAAAAUUGUUGCCAACUUGCAAGUGUUUAUACUCAAAGGUGUUGCCAACUUGCCAGUGUCUAUACACAGAGCUAUACAUACCGACUAUCUUCUUUUCCACGAAGAAAAUGGAGAUUCCGUCACUGAGCUUCGUGGUAGAACAGCUUCAAAACGUUUGAACUGUGAAGUAGUGACAGUCAGUUCAGAGAGCUGUGUGAUGCUUCAUGUGAAGACUGAACCGUCCAGAGUCAGUUCAGAAAGCUGUGUGACCCAACAUGUGAAGACUGAGGCGUCCAGAGUCAGUUCAGAGAGCUGUGUGACCCAACAUGUGAAGACUGAGCCGUCCAGAGUCAGUUCAGAGAGCUGUGUGACCCAACAUGUGAAGACUGAGCCGUCCAGAGUCAGUUCAGAGAGCUGUGUGACGCUUCAUGUGAAGACUGAACCGUCCAGAGUCAGUUCAGAGAGCUGUGUGACCCAACAUGUGAAGACUGAGGCGUCCAUAGUCAGUUCAGAGAGCUGUGUGAUGCUUCAUGUGAAGACUGAACCGUCCAGAGUCAGUUCAGAGAGCUGUGUGACCCAACAUGUGAAGACUGAGCCGUCCAGAGUCAGUUCAGAGAGCUGUGUGAUGCUUCAUGUGAAGACUGAACCGUCCAGAGUCAGUUCAGAGAGCUGUGUGACCCAACAUGUGAAGACUGAACCGUCCAGAGUCAGUUCAGAGAGCUGUGUGACCCAACAUGUGAAGACUGAGCCGUCCAGAGUCAGUUCAGAGAGCUGUGUGAUGCUUCAUGUGAAGACUGAACCGUCCAGAGUCAGUUCAGAGAGCUGUGUGAUGCUUCAUGUGAAGACUGAACCGUCCAGAGUCAGUUCAGAGAGCUGUGUGACCCAACAUGUGAAGACUGAACCGUCCAGAGUCAGUUCAGAGAGCUGUGUGACCCAACAUGUGAAGACUGAGCCGUCCAGAGUCAGUUCAGAGAGCUGUGUGAUGCUUCAUGUGAAGACUGAACCGUCCAGAGUCAGUUCAGAGAGCUGUGUGACCCAACAUGUGAAGACUGAACCGUCCAGAGUCAGUUCAGAGAGCUGUGUGACCCAACAUGUGGAGACUGAGGCGUCCAGAGUCAGUUCAGAGAGCUGUGUGACCCAACAUGUGAAGACUGAGCCGUCCAGAGUCAGUUCAGAGAGCUGUGUGACCCAACAUGUGAAGACUGAGCCGUCCAGAGUCAGUUCAGAGAGCUGUGUGACCCAACAUGUGAAGACUGAGCCGUCCAGAGUCAGUUCAGAGAGCUAUGUGACCCAACAUGUGAAGACUGAGCCGUCCAGAGUCAGUUCAGAGAGCUGUGUGACCCAACAUGUGAAGACUGAGCCGUCCAGAGUCAGUUCAGAGAGCUGUGUGACCCAACAUGUGAAGACUGAGCCGUCCAGAGUCAGUUCAGAGAGCUGUGUGACGCUUCAUGUGAAGACUGAGGCGUCCAGAGUCAGUUCAGAGAACUGUGUGACACAACAUGUGAAGACUGAGGCGUCCAGAGUCAGUUCAGAGAGCUGUGUGACCCAACAUGUGAAGACUGAGGCGUCCAUAGUUAGUUCAGAGAGCUAUGUGACCCAACAUGUGAAGACUGAACCGUCCAGAGUCAGUUCAGAGAGCUGUGUGACGCUUCAUGUAAAGACUGAGGCGUCCAGAGUCAGUUCAGAGAACUGUGUGACACAACAUGUGAAGACUGAGGCGUCCAGAGUCAGUUCAGAGAGCUGUGUGACCCAACAUGUGAAGACUGAGGCGUCCAAAUUCAGAGAGCUGUGUGACCCAACAUGUGAAGACUGA